GCCUAACUAGGAGUAUGCAUCUUCAAUAGUCGUAUCGUUGUUGCUUUGGUAAACCUGUAACCUAAUCUAACACAACGUAAAACUAAAGUAACGCUUGGUAACGUCUCGAUUUCUUGGACUAUUUUGAAAAGAGUGAUAAUAUGUAAUAAAUGGAAGCAAUUUUCAAUAAAAAUUUAUGGCAGUGAAUGUAUAAAAAAUGGCGACGUUCGAAAUAUUGAGAAAAGAUUACAGUGAUUAUUUGCAACAAUAUUUUAAGCUGUCAGAUGUCUCGUUGUUUCAAAAGAAAUGCAUCGAACGCUGCGCGAACGAUGGCGACAGAAAAGCGGCGAUCGAUCAGGCGCUCCGAGACACUCUGUUGGUGAUUUUGACAGAAAACGUUUCGGGGAACGUUCGUUCUCUAGAAUUGUACAUUACCUUCUGCAUAGAGCUAUGCAGGAAAGAUUUGGCGACAGCGAGUAUGCCAGUUAUGCUCUUGGGUGAUAUUUUCGAUUCGAUGACCCUGGAUAAAUGCGAACAAUUGUUCACCUUCGUAGAGAACAAUGUUACUGUAUGGAAGGAGGAUCUGUUCUUCACUGCCUGCAAGAAUAAUUUAUUAAGAAUGUGCAAUGAUUUGUUGAGGAGGCUGUCGCGUUCACAGCAAACUGUAUUUUGCGGCAGAAUUUUACUGUUCUUGGCAAAGUUUUUUCCUUUCUCUGAGAGAUCGGGUUUGAAUAUUGUUAGUGAAUUUAAUUUGGAUAAUUAUACGGAAUUUGGCUCAGAAAAAGUUGAAGGGGAUGAUCUAGAACAAAUAACUAAAGAUGAUGACAAGUUAGAAAAUAAAAUACCAAUUGAUUAUAAUUUAUACAGAAAAUUUUGGGCUCUGCAAGACUUCUUCAGGAAUCCAAAUCAGUGUUAUAACAAAAUGCACUGGAAAGUUUUUUCAGCUCAUGCCUCUAAUGUGCUAUCGGCAUUUGCAUCUUUUAAAUUGGAGGAACAGCGUAGUUAUCCUACAACAUGUAUAAAGAUGGAUUCUUCAAUGGAAGGUUCUCACAAGGAAACCCAUUAUUUUGCAAAAUAUUUGACUAAUCAGAAAUUACUAGAAUUGCAGCUGUCUGACUCCAAUUUCAGACGAUAUGUAUUGCUGCAAUUUCUCAUUCUUUUCCAGUAUCUGAAUAGCACUGUAAAAUUCAAGGCCUUCCUUGCCAGUGGCUAUGAGACAAGUGAGACACAUGAACUCAAACCAGAUCAGGUGGAAUGGGUGAAGACUAUUACAGAACAAGUCUACACUUUAUUAACUGAAACACCGCCCGACGGACCCUCGUUUGCGGAGACCGUGAAAAACAUCUUAAAACGUGAGGAGCAUUGGAACGCGUGGAAAAAUGAGGGUUGUCCGCCGUUCAAGAGACCGGCGUCGGAUGUCAUCGGUAGUGACGAAGAACCGCGGAAAUCGAAGAGAUCGAGACGGAGAAUCGGUGAUGUAAUUAGGGAUGCGCAAGCCGUUGGCAAAUAUCAUAUGGGAAAUCCAGAACUUACUAAAUUGUGGAAUCUAUGUCCUAACAAUCUUGAGGCAUGCAAAUCGAAAGAUAGAGAUUUCCUCCCGUCUUUAGAAACAUACUUUGAAGAUGCCAUUAUGGAAUUAGAUCCUGCUGCUAUGGUUGAUGAUAAAUACAAGAAAGUGAAUGAUGGUAAUUUUGGUUGGAGAGCAUUAAGAUUGUUAGCAAGACGAAGUCCACAUUUCUUCGUUCAUGGCAAUUAUCCUAUAAACAAAUUGCCUGAAUAUCUUGAGACAAUGAUAAAAAAAAUUGCCAAAGAUCGUCCACAAACACAGUCUGACACGAAAUUGGAAACCGAAGAAACUCCGCCGUCAGAAUCUAACGAUCAGGAAUUUAACGAAGAUGUCUUGAAACAGGACAGUGAACAGGAUUCUGAGAGCGCCGAUAUAAAAGCCAGAAAAUUGAAUAAAGUUACACCAGAGAUGGUAGGAAAAUUAUCGGAGAACCUGAAAAACGAUUGGAAAAAAUUAGCGACGAAAUUUGGUUAUACAAAUGAGGAGAUUGCUUUUUUCGAAAGCAAAACAACACCAUAUGAACAAUGCAAGACUAUGCUUGAAAUAUGGGCAGAAGAGGAUGAGGAUGCGUCGGUCGAGAAUUUAGCUUACAUUUUAGAAGGUUUAAAAUAUACAGAAGCUUUAACAGUGCUCAAAUCUUAAAUAUCCCUUUUUAAUUUAUUUAACGAUAGAAAUAUAAUUGUAACAAUAAACCGUUCAUAAGAACUGUAUGAUAACAUUCCCGUUUGUAAUAAAAUUGUCAAUCCUUGCAUCAGA